AUGGCAAGAAAGAAGUCCGCUACUAAGAAAGCUAGAGAGGCUGCUCGCCAACAUAAUAAGGUUCCGGAACAAGAUAAAUCAAUUCAAGAUAUUAAAAAGAAGGUAUCCUCUGAAAAUUCAUUGAAACCUAAAUCCAAACCAUUACCUGAAGUAGAUUUAGAUGACGAAUCAGAUGGGUCUUCUUCUUCUUCUUCUGAAGAUGAAGAUGAAUUAGGUGAUCUAGUGACAGAUGAUGUUGAACAAGGGAUUAACGAAGUCUUAAAUGCAAUUAGAAAUAAUGAUACCGACAAGUUAUUAAACCCUGAGGUUAAAUUUUUUGGCAACCCAGAAGAUGCAGCCAAAAACAUCACUUCAAAAAAGACUGAUAAACCAAUUUAUUUGAAGGAUUAUCACAGAAUGAACUUAUUGUCAGGUCAUGUUGGAAGCGACGAUGACGAAGAAGAUGAUGAAACAGCAAAUGGUGAAGGUAAGGACUUAAAGACAAUCGAUGGUAAACCAUCAUUUGUUGCUAUGCAAAGAGAUGAAAGAAAUCAAUUAUUAACUGAAAUUAAUGAUGCGUUUGGAACAACUAAAGCAGAGGAGAGUGAUAACGAUGAUGAAGAUGACGAUGGUGAUGAUGGUUUCUUGAAGAAGAAAGAAAAUAAAACUGCUACAGAAGACGAUGAAGACGUUAAUAUUGCACUACCAGAUCCAGCUAAUGAAGAUGAAUUCUUAAACGAAUUUAUGGGUAACCAAGCAUGGUUACCAAGAAAAGGUGACAAAGUCAUUGACGUUGAUUUUAAUAAUGAAGAUGAUGAUGAGUUUGAUAAAGCAGCAGAAACCUUCGAAAAUGCGUAUAACUUCCGUUAUGAAGAUCCAAACUCUGCUGAAAUUGUAUCAUAUGCUCGUAAUCAAGCUACUCUAAGAAGAUCUGCUACCAAUUCUCGUAGAAGAAAGAGAGAAGAUGAAAGACAAGAGAAAGAAAAUGAGAAAAAUGAGAAAGAUAUUGCUGUUCAAAAGAAGAAAACAAAGAAGGCAAAUAAAUUAACAGAUGUAUUAAAUCAAUUGAAGAAAGAAUUCGGUGCUGAAAUAGAUGAAAAACUUGUCAAGAAGAUCAGUAAAACUCUCUUAACCAGUGAUUAUUCUGAGAACGAUUGGGAUAAUGUCGUUACAGAAUUAUUUAAUGAAGAAUUCUACAAUGACAAAGAGAAACCUGAAUGGGACGACGAUCUAAUGCACGAGGAUGUUUAUGACGAAGGUGAGAAUGACGAAGAAGGAGAUGCUGUUGACCAAGAUACUGUUGAAGAGGAAAACGAAGAGGUAGACACACCAAAAAAGACCAAGAAGAGUAAAAAAGAGAUAAAACAAAAGGAAAAGAGUGAAAAGAAGAAGUUAGAUGAUAUGGUUGAAAAAGCUCUUGAGCAAAAUAAGUUGGCUAUUGUCGAAGAGGUCGAAAAGGAACAAGAACAAAGAGGUAGAUCUAAAAAUGUUGAAGAUGAUGUAAAAUUCCGUUACCGUGAAGUAUCACCAGAAAGUUUUGGUUUAACUCACAGAGAAAUUUUUGCUGCAGAUGAUGCUGAUCUAAAUGACUUUAUCAGUUUAAAGAAAUUUGCACCAUACAGAGCUAAAGAAUUAAUAGCCAAGGAUAAAAGAAAAGUCACUAAGUCUAAGAGAUUGAGAGACUGGAGAAAGAAGGUAUUCAACAAUGAAGCCGGUAUACAAUUAAGAGAAGAUGGAGAACCUAACGAAGAUAUUCCAGUACAUACAGAUAAACAAAAGCAUGGUAAGAAAAGAUCACACGAUGAUCGUCAUUCCCGUCAUAGGAAGGACAAAAAACAUAAAAGUCAUAAGAAAUAG